AUGUACGUACUAGACUAUUUCAAAUAUGGAAUUAAUUUCUACGCAAAAUUUCACUUAUUUUCAAGAUACGGAGAUGCUUUCUGGAAUGGCCGCGGGUGCAUGAUGCGUAAUCCUUAUACAAGCAGUCGUUUCAUUUAUGAAGCAAGACCAGGAUUGAAUGGAACAGUGACAGAGAGGAUCUUUGGCAGUAACAGUAGCAACAGGACCAAUUACAAUUUCAGGAUGGGCACUUCCCCUUUCAAUGCAAUAUCUAGCUGGAAAAGCCAUGAACUGAAGAAUGAAUUCUCAUCACCUCACAAUCUUGAAUCGUUCCAAAACCAGCCAAGAUUAGACCCAAUUGCGCUCAACCCCACAAACCAAAUGCAAGCUAAAGGAGAAGAUCAUAAAUAUUUUAGCAGAAGCUGCCCUUCUGAUUUAUACAAAACUAACGCACAAGACUUUAAGACGAUGAAAAGAAAGACUUCAGAAUGUUGCAACCUCGAUUUGGAUUUAUCUCUACGGCUAACGCAGGUGAACGAAGAAAGCCAGAGAAGUUCCAAGGAAGGCGAUAUUGUCAGUGAGUUAUCUCUGUCAUUGUACUCACCGUCAUCCUCAAAGCUUAGCAGAUUGAAAGGAGAAGAUCAUAGUAAGAAGAGUGCAAGAAGGGUAAGUACUCUAGAUCUGACUAUAUGAAUGGGACAAUUCUAAGUGAGAUCUUGAGGUACUUAUCCGAGAGGAAGGUUUUCCUUAUUGUAUUGUACCAAUAUUACAGCAAUUGAUAUAAUAAACUUUUUGUUUUUAUAAUGAUUCUCUGUCGUUUCUUGUGCAUUAUCUGCCCCAAUGAAAAUUGAAUUUA